GGAAAUUAUAAAAAAAGAUACAGUAACAGCUGUAGAACUGGGGCCUGAGUUGCUUCACAUGGCUCUGAGUUGGCCCCGUAGUAAAAGCAAUAUCACUAGCCUGGGUUGUUCCCUGUUAGGUGAUGCAGUUUUUUAAUGGCAUUUAUUAGGGGGUAAUUAUAUAUAUUUAUAUAUAUAUAUGUGAUAUAUAUAUAUCAUAAUAUGUGGAGAUGAGGUCAGGAAACUCAGAGCAUAGAUUCCUGACCAGUCUGGUGGCCUUCUAUGGUGGAGCAACGGCAUUGGUGAACAAACAAAAGGGCAACUGAUGUCAUCUACCUGGACUUGCACAAGACCUUUCACAUGGUCCUGCACCACAUCUUCAUCUCUAAAUUGAAGAGAUGUAUGGGUUUGAAGGCUGGACUAUACAGUGGAUGAGGAAUUGGUUAGAAGGCCAAAGCCAGAGAGUUGUGGUCAGCAGCUCUAUGUUCAGGUGGAGGCCAGUGACAAGCAGUGUACUCCAAGGGUCAGUUUUAGGACCAUUACGCUUUAACGUCUUUAUCAAUGACAAAGAUGAUGGGAUUGAGUACACCCUCAGCAAGUUUGCAGACGACAAGCUGAGUAGUGCAGUUGAUAUGACAGAAGGAAGGGAUGCAAUCCAGAAGGUCCUGAAUAAGCUCAAAAGGCGGACCCAUGUAAGCCUAAUGAGGUUCAACAAAGCCAUGGGUCAGGGCAAUCCCGGAUACAUAUACAGAGUGGGAGAAGAACUCACUGACAGCAGCCUGGCUGAGGACUUAGGGGCUUGCAGCCCAGAAGGCCAACAAUAUCCUGGGCUGCAUCAAAAGAGGGGUGGCAGGAGAGUGAGAGAGGGGACUGUCCCUGUCUACUCUGCCCUUGUAGAGGCCCCACGCAGAGUACUGUGUCCAGGUCAGGGGCCCCCAGCACAAGAAAGACAGAGAACUGUUGGAGAGGGUCCAGAGGAGGGCCACGAAGAUGAUCUGAGGGCUGGAGCACCUCUCCUACAACAGCAGACUGAAGAAGCUUGGCUUGUUCAGUCUGGAGAAGGCUCCGGGGACACCUCACUGUGGCCUUCCAGAAUUUAGAGGGAGAUUAUAAACAGGAGGGAGACUGAUUUUUUACACAAGUCUGAUAGCAAUAGGACAAGGUGGAAUGGUGGUUAGAAGCAGCUCUGUGACUGCACAGAUGCACACAAAAAUUAGCUCACACAAUAUUGGGUGAAACAGCCUGACAGCCUACACGUGGGCACUGUGGAGCUACAGUGUAGAGCUGCUAUGCUUGUAUAUUGCAGCUAGUAAUCACUUAUACUUGUUUUG